UAAAAACACAGACAAACAGACGUAAAUCUCUUUUUAAUUCCAUCAAUCAGGAAUAUAACGGCUGAUUUGAAUUUAAACUUAGUUCUCGGAUUAUCCACCAGAAUAGGAUGGCGCUGCAAUCAAGGCACACUUUCAAAUGACGUUUAAGCUAGCGCGCCAAAAGUUUCAGCUAGCGCGCCAAAAGUUUUGUUUUUUUUUCUGCUGCUACUUGAGUGUGAGGAUGGACCAGUUUGGAGAAGAUUGGUCGGUGGAAUUUUUGGAUCCGGACCCGCCUCCGGGUGUGGAUUCCGCUGAAUGGUCUGUUGAGCAUUUAGAUAAUCCUCAAUCCUUCCCGGCCGAACCGUUAGAAGAAGAGACGCCGGAUUGGUUUGAAAGUUUUAUCACAAAACACGAGCUACAGGAUGAAGAUAUGCCGGAUGCGAACUGCGGAAGUCUACUGCUAGACCGACACGAGCCACUGGACGAAGAAAUGCCGGAAGCUACGAGUAACGAUUCCGGUGUUCUGAACAUCGGAAGAUUCUUAGGCAAUUCCAACAACGAGACGCCGUCCCAUUCAGCUGAUUUUGUUAUUUCAUCCGUCGGCGUUGAUGGUGUACCCCAACUUGACCAGGUGAAUGGGUUAGGCAAUGCAGUGUCCACCGGAAUCGCCUCGCCAACCUCGAGCACGCAAGAGACCGCGAGAAUCUUGACUCCGUCGUGGUUCUCAAAUCCGGCCUUCGUGAAUGACGCGGUGUCCAGCGAUGGCAGUUGCGCGACCCGGCCGACUUCGAGGACGCAAGAGACCGCGAGAAUCUUUACUCCGUCGUGGUCCUCAAAUCCGGCCGUCAUGAAUGACGCUGUGUCCAGCGAUGGCGAUUGCGCUUACCACGAUUUCAGCAACUCGGUAUUGACAACCCGGCCGACCUCGAGAAUGUUGACUCCGUCGUGGCCCUCAAAUCCGUCCCUCAUGGAUGAACCGGUGUCCAGCGAUGUAUAAUUUUAUUUAACUAUGCAAAGAAAACUAUUUAAAACCAAUGCAGUCUAACCAACUGGCAUAAAUAAAUGUAUUUCUAGUUAUUCGAAUGCUAAGCCGUUCAUAUUAUCAAUAAUCGGAUUAGCGAAUUGUCUCUGUACAUAAAUGAUUUUUCACGUUCAACGCCGAAUCGCCGAUGUUGGUCUCCAGGAAAGCUGGAUGGCAGAAACUGGCCACUGGUAAGGUUGAAGAUGUAGGUAUAGACCGUCGACAACAAGGUCAACCUGGUCUCAUACGAUUAUUUGGUUGCUUGCAAGUGGACUAAAUUGCUUGCCGAGAAGGUAGCUUAACCUCACGCCAAGAAAUUUAUUAUUUAAACUCAUGGCCAAUUUGUGGGCAUUGUUCACAAACAGCGCAGUAAUACCCAAACCACCCUCAAACUGGUGCAUCUUUCCAUCAACCUCUGCAGCCUACACGAAUGUUUCCUCGGCAAGAUUUACCUAGUGCAUGGCCGCAAUCGGACGCGGACGUGGACCGUCUGCGUGAGUUAAGAAUUUGAACUUCUUGCAUUCUUCUCACAUGUUGGUAAACAAAUGUAAAUGUUAGUAAACAAAUCUCCCUCCUCUCACUACAACAAGAGUGACCGCGUUCACUCACACACUAACCAAUUCUCAUAUACAGUGAUGCUUAAUGCUAGUAUUGGCCACCAGAUCGAGCUACUAGCUAACCUUUUUCCAUUUUUUUGUGAUUGAUGGAUUUUCGUUAAAUUUGUUCAAUGAUUUACGUCUGUUUGUC